AUGCAGAGUGUUAUUCAACAAUAUUUGUUUCUUACAUCGAUGUUUUUAAGCUCAAAUAGCUUUUAUUUUCCGACAUUCGAUGCCAAAUGUAAAUUUGCUGGACAACAGCAUACCACAUUUUGGGCUGGUGGUACCGUUGCUGGCACGGUCGAAUAUACUGAUAGUGAACAUACGGAAUGGAAUAUAACGCAUAUCACCGCUGAACUGCACGGUCGAAUUGAAUUCAAAACGAACGUUUGGGAGAAGAGAAAACGUCGCGGCUACACUUUCUCAGACAAACGAUUCAUAUUCCGGUCAGCCAUUGAUUCAAAAGAUUUUCUUUCAACAAGCGGUAACUACAGUUGGCCGUUCAGGUUUCGUCGUAGCAAAUUCUUACCACCUACGAUCAAACAGACUCAUUCCAAAAGCGCAGAACUUAUGUACUAUAUUGCUUUGAUAUUUGAACGACCCGGCUGGUAUAGAGCGAACAUUCGUAAACAGUGCUACAUUGAUAUUCAACAUUUGUCGUCGUUAAAGAAUGCAAAAAAAGUUGAAGAACAAAAAGCAAAUCGAAAAGGUGUUCAUCUUCAUGUUAUUCUUUAUAAAAACAUAGUCGCUGUUGGAAAAAACAUUUCAUUGGAAGUUAACCUGCGUAAUCCAAAGAAAAAACUCAUACGUCGUAUAAUCGCCACUUUGUUCCAGAUAGUAUCAGGAGGUUGCAUCAGAAAAGAACGUGCAGUUCUAAAUUAG